AUAGUUCCCAGUCCCCCUGCUCCCUCACUGAUCGGGCCUCCUGUCAAAUCCUCACAGCCAGAUCUUUUCUUUCACGAUCCCUUCCCAGCCCCUCCUGCUCACUGCUGAAUUUGACAGGAGGUGCUGGUUAGGGACAGAGGGACAGAGAGAUAAUAUCGUGCUUUUAUAACUCUGUGAGGUAUUUGACAGGAGGUGAGGGAGCGGGACAUUAAAGAGAAAAUCCGGGACAGCGGAAUGAGGCAUAAAAAGCGGGACAGUUGUGAGGUAAGUAUUCCCUGUGCCUCCCGACAUGUCGGAACUAUAAGGCACACCGGACCGCAAACUCCGCUACGAGCGGAAGUGAUAUCAGUGCCCCGGAAGUUCCUGCUCGCCGGGUUAUCCUGGUCACCUUUGUUGCAUCACACCGGAGCCGGUUUCUUUCCUUCUGAUCGGCGCUCGUUUCGCUCGGGAGAAGCACAUUGCGGUAACCCCACAGCUGCCGGGAACAUGUUCUCUCUGUGCAGCACCGUGCAGCCGCAGGUCACAGUACCUCUAAGUCACCUUAUCACAGCCUUCCACACCCCAAAAACCACAGCUUACUUCCCCAGUUCAGCCUCAAUCCAGAGUCUUCAGCGCGAUGUGUGCCCUGACCAAGAAACUCACAGCAACGAGCCUACAUUCAAUCUAAGAGACUUGGGCUUGUCUGAACUGCGAAUCAAGCAACUGGACAAGAUUUUUGAUCAGCUUCUUCCUGGCAUCCACACAGACAAAAAGAAACGUCCGGCGCAGUGGCACACAUCUUACGUUUCUGCACAGUCCUUCUUUGAGAACAAGAAUGGAUUUUCCGGAGUUUUCAAUACUUUACGCUCGAGUUCCAUACUCAGACAACAGCCCAGCCCACUUAAACUAAUCUGCACUGAUCUCCAGUACUGGCCAGUUUUCAUUCAGUCUCGUGGGUUUAAAACACUGAAAGUAAAAACAAGGCGUCUGCAGUCAACCUCCGAUAGAAUUUCAGAAAUGGAAAACACUGCCCCGUCCUUCAUGAAGGGGUUUUUGUUGAGGGAUCGGUUACCAGAUGUGGACAACUUGGAUAAACUUGUUAAGAAUAAAAAUAUCCCAGAUGGACAUCAGGAUGCAUUUAAGACAGGAUUUGCUGAAGGGUUCCUAAAAGCACAGGCCCUCACCCAGAGAACAAACGAUUCACUGAGGAGGACACGACUGUUCCUGUUGGUUCUGUUGCUGCUCGGGAUAUACGGCUUGUCAAAAACACCAUUUUUGUCAGUUCGUUUCAGGACAACAUCAGGUCUUGAUGCUUCUGUUGAUCCCAUCCACAUGAAAAAUGUUACUUUUGAACACGUGAAAGGGGUUGAAGAGGCUAAACACGAACUCCAGGAAGUUGUUGAAUUUUUGAAAAAUCCACAGAAAUUCACAGUUUUGGGGGGCAAACUUCCCAAAGGUAUACUUCUGGUUGGCCCACCUGGCACCGGAAAGACCCUCCUCGCACGGGCCGUUGCAGGAGAAGCCGAUGUUCCCUUUUACUAUGCUUCAGGCUCUGAAUUUGAUGAGAUGUUUGUUGGCGUGGGAGCAAGUCGCAUUAGAAAUCUAUUCAGGGAAGCAAAAGGCAAUGCACCUUGUGUUAUAUUUAUUGAUGAGCUGGAUUCAGUUGGGGGCAAGAGAAUAGAAUCCCCCAUGCACCCCUACUCAAGACAAACCAUUAAUCAACUUCUUGCAGAGAUGGAUGGAUUUAAACCAAAUGAAGGUGUUAUAAUCAUCGGAGCAACAAAUUUCCCUGAAGCCUUGGAUAAUGCUUUGGUGCGACCUGGUCGGUUUGACAUGCAGGUCACCGUCCCCAGACCAGAUGUGAAGGGCCGGACUGAAAUCUUGAAGUGGUAUCUCAGCAAAAUCAAAUUUGAUGUGUCUAUUGACCCGGAGAUUAUUGCCCGAGGAACAGUAGGAUUUUCUGGAGCAGAACUGGAGAAUUUGGUCAACCAGGCUGCACUGAAGGCUGCAGUAGAUGGAAAAGACAUGGUGACUAUGAAGGAACUGGAGUUCGCCAAGGACAAAAUACUUAUGGGACCUGAAAGAAGAAGUGUAGAGAUAGACAGCAAGAACAAGACAAUCACUGCCUACCAUGAGUCCGGCCAUGCAGUUAUUGCGUACUAUACCAAGGAUGCCAUGCCCAUUAAUAAAGCUACAAUCAUGCCCAGGGGACCCACACUUGGACAUGUGUCCCUACUGCCUGAGAACGAUCGCUGGAGUGAGACCAGAUCUCAGCUUCUUGCUCAAAUGGAUGUCAGCAUGGGCGGAAGAGUAGCAGAAGAAAUCAUUUUCGGCUCUGACCAAAUCACCACAGGUGCAUCCAGUGAUUUUGACAGUGCUACACAAAUAGCUAAGCUGAUGGUGACAAGAUUUGGAAUGAGUGAAAAGCUAGGAGUGAUGACUUACUCUGAUACAGGGAAACUGAGUCCAGAAACACAAGCUGCUAUUGAGCAAGAAGUCAGAACACUUCUAAAGGAGUCUUAUGAACGUGCUAAGAACAUUUUGAAGACCCACGCUAAGGAGCACAAAAACUUGGCAGAAGCGCUACUGAUGUAUGAAACUUUGGAUGCCAAAGAAAUUCAGGUUGUGCUAGAAGGGAGGAAACUGGAGAGCAGAUGAUAUUGCACCCAUUCAGCUGUGUGUUCUAUCUAAUGGGGACUAUCUCUUUCAUUGUUUUAUCAUCACUGCAGCAAGUCCAUUCUUUAUAUCUACCUAUACUUUACUAUAUGCCAAAAUAUUCAUUGACUUUUUGAUCUCUGUAUUUUCCCUUGUUUUAUUAUUCAACUACACAUGUGUUAAAAUAGGGAGACAGAAUUGCAACUGAGAUCUACUAAAGAAUAACUCAGGACAGAACGAGAUAGGAUAUCCCAAGUAAGAUGUCUACAUUGCAGAUGGCAAGAUUGAUGUCUUUACUUACAUAUAGCAGGCUGGCUGCAGAUAGAUCUGUUCUGGGCUUUCACUGUAUAUGCCCAGAUGGGUAUCCAUUCAUAUGUUGCCUUAUAAUAUGUAUAUGCUAGAGUCUUACAUAUACAUCAUCCAUUAAUGCCUGUCGUCUGAUCUAGUGUGUUACAGCUACUUUGGUUGAGCAGUGAUAGGAAGUUCCUCUGAAAUAAAUGUAUAUAAAUAGUGAGUGUGGGCGUGCGUUUCGGAGGGUAGCAUUUAUCAACUGAAUUUUAGUGUCUCUGUUCAACAGAAGAGAGCUCCAACAUAAAUGCAUAACAAAUCACUCUCACAAUAGCCAAUCAUUUACACCUUUCACUGCAUUUAUUGUAUAAUGCACACUAGAGGCAUUUCAUUAUUUUAUGUACUUUGAAAUACUUCUGUGGUUUAAGAACAGAGGCCUUCAGUAGAUUAAAGCUUCACUGUUUAAAUUACAUUUUAUCUUAUGGGAGGUGAAGCUUUAGUUUGUUUUCAUGGGGGGACAGCCAUGACGACUUGAACCUUUGAGUGCUAUGAACUAGGCGUUUAGGUAUAUCAGCAGUAGGUAAUUAACUUUUUAAUAGUGGGGAUGAAAACUGCCGAGAGCUUUGUAAGUUUUAUGGUCACUGCACCAAUCUAUAUGACUUGGAGCAGUCCUAUAUUAAAUGCUGUUCUGUCUCUGUUGGUGCACUUCUCAUGCUUAUUCCAUCAGGUUUAGGUUGCUUCCAUCUCCUGUAUUUCUGCAUCUCUAAUUACUGUAUGUGAGAAAGACAGCCUUCUUGUUAUGUGUGUUGGUUUCUAUAUGCAUUAUUAGUUGUGUUCAUUCUACAACAGCCAUGCAGCAGUACAAUAUAAAGACACCAUGGGGAUAUCUGUAAUGCUGUUGGCCUGGUAAGCUGAUCCAUUCUGUAUAUGCAUAGUUGUUUCCUAGCAGUGAGCUUAGCUGUGAAAUGGACAUUUUCCAUUUGUUUUUCUAUUUUCCAAUCUCAUGUUGCUUGAAGUUGACAUUUCAAAGUUUUAAAGAAUAACUCAAGAAUGAAUAUGGCUAGAAAUACUGUACUUUAUACACUGAAGUUAGUGUAGAAGCUCAGAGGUCCAGCAGUUCUGUAACAGUGAUGAACCCUUGUUCAUCACGAGUUUCCAUCCUUGGAUCAUCUUAGGCCAUUUUUUGGGUGUCGGGGACUCUGGACUUAGUUUUCUAGGCUGUCGUUAAAGGGGUUGUUCACCUUUACAUUAAUUUUUGGUAUGAUAUAGAGAGUCCUGUUCGGAGGCAAUUUGCAGGUUUUCAUUUCAUUUUUUAUCUUUUUUUAGUUAUUAAGCUUUUUGUUCAGACGAUGUCCAAUUUGGAAUUUCAGUAGCUUUCCAGUUGCUAGGGUCUUAUUUAGCUCAGAAACCAGGCAGUGAUUUAAGUGAAAGACUGGAAUAUAAAUAGGAGGGGGACCAGAAUAGAAAGAUAAGGAAUAAAAAGGAGCAAUAAUAAUAAAAUUGUAGCCUCGCAAAGUGAAAGUUAUUUUUUUUUUUAGCUGCAGUGACCCCCAUUUGACGAAGCCAAAUUAUUAAAAAAUUAUAAUAAAUGAAGACCAAUUGCAAAGUUGCUAGAAAUAGGACAUUCUAUGACAUUUUCCUUAACGGUGAACCACCCCUUAAAUACGCCAAACUUCUUCAGAAAUCACCAGCCCAGAUACGGUGCUGUGAAACAGCUAAAAAUAAAAGGGCAUUUUCAGAGACAAAGGUCUAAAGUGCAGUGGUCAUCAUGGGCUAAUAGACAAGCCCAAAACAUAACGUGUAGCAAUUCUAGCCUACUUCUUAUUUAAGCUUUAGUUCUCCUUUAAUGAUAGGCUUUAUGCUUUUAAAUGACACCUUGAUGGGAGAAUUUUAUUUUGAUGGAAUUUUGUUCCAUGAAGUUUGUUAGUCAGGAAGUUAAUGAGCCAUUGGUUGCUUUAUGCUGUAAUGUGUGUGCAGCAUGUCACUAGUUUUGUUUGGGAGACUCGCCCUUCUUCCAACCUUCACAUUACAGCAGCCAGCCAUGUCGUUGCUUGACUGUAGUAGAAAACAAAAUGACCAUUAUACAAUGCAGAGUUUAUUUUUUAAUAAAUCAAGAUGUAGAGUUUCAUUUUAGGAACAUAUUGUAUUUCGUUUGAGGUUUUACUGUAAGCAGGUUUCCCACACAGCAGUGUCAGCAAUAUGCCCAUUGCACGUUGCAGCUGCUUACUGUACUCUCCAUGGUUUGAACGCAAUAAAAUAUUCUGUUCUGACGUGUAAAUUGAGAAAUUGUAAAACAUAUUUAAUAAUGUAAAUAAAAUUAAAAUCUUAACUCUG